UUUUUUCAAGUGUUACAAAAAAAAUAAUUCGUAAAAGAAUGGAUAAUGUUGAAAAAAAAUAUUUGUUUUAAAGAAUUAUAAUCGGAAAAGCAGUAGCAAUAAGCACAAAAGUAAUUGCAUUAUAAUUCUCUUAAUAUAAUGUAAUAGUUUGAUAAUUUUGUUAUGAAAAUUAAAACAUAUAUUGAGCGAAGUAGUAAAAUUAUAUGGGGAACAAGAAGCAGAGAAAAGAAUAUAUAAAUUGUGUAUCCCCUUUGAUAAAUACUUUACUGGCUACAAUAACUGCGGUCAUUAAUACAAUCGUCGGUAAAAUUUGAUCUGUACAUUUUUGUGUGCUUGUGUUUUUGCAAAUUUCGGUUUAAACAACAAUUAGUAGUUUUAAUAUAAUAAAAAUAUACAUUUAAUAGUUAACUUAUAAAGUACGACCGAUCAAUUCCAUUAUUAUGGUGAAUCUUAAUGGAAACACUGCCGUCAAGUAGUGCAUACCCCAAAUCUGUUUUUAUUUCAAUUAAUAUUUAAAAAGGAAAACUACAAUGUUUUCCUUACAACACGGAGUCGGCGGUGGCGGAGGAAUUAAUGAUACUGAUGGAUACGAUUUCACUAAAAGUGAAAAUGCAGCUCGAUGGAGGGGUUUAUUCACACCAUCCUUAAAAAAGGUCUUAGACCAAGUACAUCCACGUCUUACAGCCAAAGAGGAAGCACUUAUGUACGUGGAGACAUUAUGUCUUCGCAUAUUAGCAAUGCUUUGUGCAAAGCCACUGCCUCAUACUGUUCAAGAUGUUGAAGAGAAAGUAAGAAAAUAUUUUCCUUCUCCAAUUGACUGUUGGGCUCUAACUGAAGCAAAAGAAACGGCAUUUUCCAAAAAACGAAAGUCUGUCUUACCAACAGAACGAGUACAUACUAUGCUACAAAAGGAUGUUCUGCAAUACAAAAUUGAUAGUUCGGUAUCAGUUUUUCUGGUAGCUGUUUUAGAGUAUAUUUCAGCCGACAUAUUAAAAUUAGCCGGGAAUUAUGUAAGAAAAAUUAAACACUGUGAAGUUUCAAAGGAGGACAUUGAGGUAGCAAUGUGUGCCGAUAAGGUAUUAAUGGAUAUGUUCUAUCAAACGGAUAUAAAGGCAAAUGUAAUGUCUAGCCCCUUACCAACGCUGCCGGCCCAGCGCACUAGCACAACUUACGAAGAAGUUGUCAAAGAUUUAAUUAAUGACGAAAAACAGUAUCAACGUGAUUUACAUAUGAUCAUUCGUGUAUUUCGAGAAGAACUUGCAAAAAUUGUCCGAAGUCCAAAAGAACUUGAUCCUAUAUUUUCCAAUAUUAUGGAUAUUUAUGAGGUCACUGUAACAUUAUUAGGUUCGCUGGAAGACGUUAUUGAAAUGUCACAAGAGCAAAGUGCUCCGUGUGUUGGAAGUUGUUUUGAAGAACUAGCGGAAGCCGAAGAAUUCGAUGUAUACACAAAAUAUGCACAAGAAGUAACUUCACAAGGAUCGAAAGAUGCACUAACGGCGUUAUUGGCAAAACCAAAUGCAAUGUCUUUAAUGUCGGCUGGUCGUGGUUUUCGUGAAGCUGUAAAAUAUUAUUUGCCCAAAUUAUUAUUAGUGCCAAUAUGGCAUGCGUUUGUAUACUUUGAUUAUAUUAAAAUUUUAAUGAAGUAUAGUCCUUCGCAAGAUGAUAUCGAGAGUUUUGAGCAAGUGCAGGGUUUGCUUCGUCCUCUUAGAUGUAAUCUUGAGAAUAUAGUAGCCCCGUUGCCUAAGGAGUCAUACGUUGCUAUGAGUAGUAGAGCUCGCCGCCAAUUAGCUAUAGAACGCACAAGAGAACUUCAAAAUACAGUGGAACACUGGGAUAAGGAUGUCGGUCAAAAUUGUAAUGAAUUUAUUCGAGAGGAUGUUUUGGGAAAACUCGGAUCUGGCAAAAGAGUAGCUGAACGAAAAGUUUAUCUUUUUGAUGGAUUAAUGCUACUCUGUAAGCCAAAUAUGAAACGUCAAGCUAAUUCUGCAAAUACACAAGUUUUUGAAUAUCGACUUAAAGAAAAAUUUUUUAUGAGACGUGUCGAAAUUAAUGACCGUGCUGAUACCGAUGAAUUGAAGAAUGCAUUUGAAAUAGCUCCGCGAGUACAACCACCUGUAACACUUACAGCUAAAAGUUUUCAACAUAAAAAUGACUGGAUGGCUGAUCUUAUAAUGGUUAACACAAAAUCAAUGUUAGAUAGAAUACUCGAUAGUAUUUUGUUGGAUAUUGAAAAAAAGCAUCCGUUACGAAUGCCCAGCACUGAUUUGUACAAAUUUGCUGAGCCGGAUAGCGCUGACAACAUAGUUCUAGAAGAGAGAGAAAGUGCAGGUGUACCGCUUAUAAAGGGUGCAACCUUAUGCAAACUGAUCGAACGGCUAACUUACCAUAUAUAUGCAGAUCCUAUGUUUGUUCGAACAUUUCUCACUACAUAUCGAUAUUUUUGUACGCCGCAAAAUCUGCUUUCUUUGCUAAUAGAGCGUUUCAAUAUACCCGAUCCAAGUUUAGUUUAUACAGAUCAGAACAAUAGCGAUAAGGAUCCUUUAAGCUGUGACACUGACAAAUUGCAUAAAAACUCACAACGGGAGGAUUGGAAGCGUUAUCGUAAAGAGUAUGUACAACCGGUGCAAUUUCGUGUUUUGAAUGUGUUGCGCCACUGGGUGGAUCACCACUUUUACGACUUCGAAAAGGACCCAACAUUAUUGGAGAAACUAUUACAGUUUUUGGAAAGUGUUAAUGGAAAAUCUAUGAGAAAAUGGGUUGAUUCUGUUUUAAAAAUUGUUCAAAGAAAAACCGAUCAAGAAAAAUGCCAUAAACAAAUUACGUUUGCCUAUGGCCAUAGCCCACCACCUAUUGAACAUCAUUUAAAUGUUCCUGAUUCAGAAAUAACAUUGCUUACCCUACAUCCGCUGGAACUAGCAAGGCAACUAACACUGCUGGAGUUUGAAUUAUAUAAAAAUGUUAAACCUUCCGAACUAGUGGGUUCUCCGUGGACAAAAAAGGACAAGGAACAAAAAAGUCCUAAUUUGCUCAAAAUUAUGAAGCACACGACAAAUGUUACACGAUGGAUAGAAAAGUCCAUAAUUGAAGCUGAAAAUUAUGAAGAGCGAGUGGCGAUGGUAACACGUGCAAUAGAAAUAAUGAUGGUCAUGUUGGAGCUUAACAAUUUUAAUGGCAUAUUAUCCAUUAGUGCAGCAAUGGGCAGUGCAUCAGUCUAUCGCCUAAAGUUAACAUUUCAAGGACUACCGGCAAGAUACGAAAAGUUUUUGGAAGAAUGUCGAGAAUUAAAUGAUGGACACCUUAAAAAAUAUCAUGAACGUUUGCGAUCAAUUAAUCCGCCUUGCGUGCCGUUCUUUGGUCGUUAUCUAACGAACAUUUUGCAUUUGGAAGAGGGAAAUCCAGAUUGUUUGCCUAACACUGAACUUAUUAAUUUUUCAAAGCGAAGAAAAGUGUCUGAAAUCAUUGGUGAAAUACAACAGUAUCAAAAUCAACCCUACUGUCUGAUGGUGGAUCCUAAAAUAAGGAAUUUUUUAGAAAAUCUGGACCCAUUUAAGGGUAUGUCAGACACAGACAUAUCAAACUUUUUGUAUCAUGAAAGUCUUCGUAUUGAACCAAGAGGAUGUAAACAACCUCCUAAAUUUCCAAGAAAAUGGAGUUCUAUUACACUAAAAUCUCCGGGUAUUAAACCUCGACGACAAAAUAAUACAAAUAGUAGCGCUAACAAUACUGGAAGUCAUCCCACAAAUAAUGGCACACUAAAUGCAAUGAAUGUUGUUCAUUCUUUAACAACUCGUUCACAUUCAUUUGUACCAGCUUCAGAAUCCAGUACUGUUGAACAAAGUUCACCUAUCAAUAGUGGCAGCGUAAAUACUCACAAUCAGAAUUCGAACAAUGUCCAAGCAUUCUCGGUUUUCGCCAACGUUAUAAUACCAGAAAGAAACGGUUCCAAGUGGACUUCUUCAUCUGCUUAUAGUAUUAGUAGCGGCAGUAGCCAGCAAAUAACUAAUAGUACAUUUUCCAUUGCCCCUGUUCCACCAGCAAGGACAGACAUACUUCAAUCAGAAGCGAAUGGAGCAGAAGAGGCACCACUGUUGCCGAAAAAGCCAAACUCUGCAUCUAGUUCACAGGCGGCGUUUAGUCCUACUUUUGGUGAUGGUGGCUCAGGAACAAUGUCAAGUUUAAAUUCAGCUUGGAAUGUAUCCGAUGAUUGUAUUGGGUUGCAGCAACAAACGGGCUCAUUGACCAGCAGCAACAUAUACAAUAACCAAGCUGAGACUGGCAGUGACAAUGAGCCAUUGCCGUCUCCACUACCUAGAGUAGUCGUGAGUCCACGACAUGAAAUUCAUUCCACAAACAACCGAUCUCCAUUCCAUAGUACAGCAACUUUAAACAAAACUAAUUGCAGUUCAUCAAGCCAUGUUAGCCCGCAUGAUGUCUUUAUUGCUUCGUCGAGUCCUCAGUUUUCCGUAACAGAUGUAACAGUAGAUUUUAGCAAUCCCACAGUACCUGUAUCACCGCAUGUAAAUGUACCCACUGCAGCAAAUGUAGAGUACCGAGCAGCGCCGCCACCGUUGCCCCCACGGAGAAAGGAACGCACUGAGAGCUGUGCUGACUUAGCUCAAAAACGUCAAGCUCCUGACGCACCAAUGCUACCACCACGUGAUGGUGAAUUAAGUCCACCACCUAUUCCUCCGAGAAUUAAUCAAAAUCAGCAAUACCAUCACCAUCAUCACCAUUCCUCUGGUACUAGUACUCGUGUCCAAACUAACGAAUUUAUGAGUGGUAAUAGUUUGUUAUUACCUAAUACUAGCAGUAUUAUGAUACGGCGUAAUUCAGCGAUUGAAAAACGUUCUGCAUCUACGUCCGCAUCUUCAGGCUCCUCAGCGUCGAAUUCUGUUAUGGUAUUGACAGCUUCGCCCUCUAUAAUGACAGGUCCUCCAAAUACGUCAACUGUGGUUCCGCAUCUUAGUCAUUUGAAUACAACCACGGCAACAACAAAUUCGGAUGACCAAUCGAUAUCGCCUGCGUUAAGUUCAUCGACAACCACAUCACCCAUGACACCUAUGACACCCAUUUCGCCCCAUAUCCCUUCUGGAUAUCACAGUUCUGAUCAUUCACAAUUAUUUUUUAAAAACACAACAUCCUCUACCUCCUUGUCAUGUUCUCAACACCAACAUCAAUUUUCUUCAAUACAUCACCCCCAAUACCAGCAUUCACAUUCUCAUCAUCACAAUGUGCACGCUGCAGUUACUGCUAUACACCCAAGAUCGUCGCCAAAGGAAUUCUCUCCCAAAAAUGAUGGUCUUCCCAAACUUCCACCAAAACCUAGUCUAAGCGGUAAUAUGUGCAACAAUCCAGAUAAAGGUACGAUGUUUCCUUACCCAAGUACAAACCAAGAAUAAUAUAAUAUUUAUGCCGGCGAUGUGAUAUGGAUGCAAAAACUAUUGGUAUUUACUCAUCAUAUGUUAUGUUACUGUAAAUAAAAAUUACAUUAUUGACCGUAGUAAAUAAUAACAAUAAAGUAUAACACUAUUGUUAAAAAAA